AUGCACAACCGCUACCAACGUGUCCUCGAUGUCAACAGACCUUCCGGGCUCGAAUCGGACUUGUUGGACAUCUUCGUAUCAACUGUACCUCUCGGAGUGCACCAACUGCCUUCCCUUAGCCCGCCUCUUCCUCGUCCUCUCUGCCGCCAACUACCUCUUGCCUUUCUUCUGGACCACCACUUCCAUCCUCCUCCUCCUCCACCACCACCACCACAACCUCCUUCUACUCAACCACUAUCCCAACGACGGCCGCUCAGGCGGGCGUCUCGCACAUCACCAACCCUGACAUAACAACCGACACCACCCCCACUUCUUCUGACCCCAGCGAUGAGGAUCAGAACUACACCUGCCCUCGCUGA